AUCAAGCUCCCAUACUACAAGGAUUGUGGUACUCCCGGGCGCGGUUCUGGUGAAGAUGUAAAAGCUGCUUGGAAGAGAUGUGCCAACGAUUAUAACUGCGCUACUCAAUGUGUUAAGGCUUACUACGAACGUUACAAGCAUAAAUGCGAUGGGACUGGGCAAGGACCAUGCCAGGUUAUGGCUCGUCUACACAAUGGUGGCCCAAGCGGAUGCCAAAAAUCCGCUACUGUUGGUUAUUGGAAUGCUAUUCACAGAUGCUGUGGCUGCUCUUAG